CCUGCUGAGUUAUCGGGAAAACAGUUCCACUUCGGACUUCUCCGAUGAGACUCACUGUAGCGGUCCAACGAUCGGAUUACUAAGUAUCCCAGAGAUAAAAGUUUUAUAUUGAAAAGUAGCCCUUGACGAAGGGCAGUGCGAAGAUAUAAAAGCAAGAUGCAAGUACCUCAGAAAUAUCGGAGAACAUAAAAAUCCGAAAAUCUUUCAGCCAUUUUUGAUAACUGGGCGGGAACUCUCCCCGCCCUCCUUCGGUCUCGCCGGCCCCCUCUUGACCUUCCCCUGGACCCAAGGGUGUGCCAUACAAAUUCUGGCUGCUUUAGCUCUUACAGGGACUGAGUGCAUAGAGAACAAACAAACAUACUUUCUUCUUUAUAUAUAUAGAUAAGUGACUUGUUUUAAGUAGUCUCAUUCAAAAGAAAAUCACAACCAAUUAUUCUUUGUAUCCUUCUAUAAGGUCCCAAAUGGUUACACGUUUAUUUAUCAUCCUCAAAACAAUUACUUGAACAAUGUAUAUUGUUAGCUGAACAAAAUUCUUUUAAAGCUAUUGUUGUUACGUGUGAUCAUCCACAUAAUCGAAUUCGAUCAAUCCAUCGACCAACGUUUAUUCAAGCUGUUGAACGUAAAUAAGAUAAACUUUUAGAGAAAUUAUUGAUAAAGCCUAAUGACGGGAGUAACCAACUGAAAGAUAAUCAAAUAUUACAUGAACAUACACCAAAUUUAACAUGGAAGGAAUCUAAAUGGUUAAGAGCAUUAACAAAAAUGUCAAUAGUUUGUAAAGGAAUUUUAACAGCUGACGAUGCAAAAUUAGCUUUAGAAUAUGGUGCGAAUGGAAUUGUUGUCAGUAAUCAUGAUGGUCGACAAGUGGAUACAGGAUUACCAGCUAUUGAAUGUUUGAAAGAUAUUGUAGAUUUUGUUAAUGGUCGUUGUGAAAUAUUUAUCGACAGUGGUAUACGGACGGGAACAGAUAUUUUAAAAUGCUUGGCUUUGGGUGCUAAAGGUGUUCUAAUUGGUCGUCCUAUUUUGUAUGGCUUAGCAUGCGGUGGUAAUAAAGGUGUUGAAGCCGUACUUAAUUUAUUACAACGUGACUUAAUGUUUGAUAUGGCUAGUUGUAGUCUAACAAAAAUUGAACAAAUCAAUGAACGAAUUUUGUAUAAAUAUCAACAAUGA